AUGGCCUUGGUGUUUCAGUUCGGGCAGCCUGUGAGGGCCCAGCCUCUGCCAGGACUCUGCCCAGGCAGGCUCAUUCGGACAAGCUCAUGUGACGUGUGCAACAGCACCGACCUUCCGGAAGUCGAGAUCAUCAGCCUGCUGGAGGAGCAGCUGCCCCAUUACAAGCUGAGAGCCGACACCAUCUAUGGUUAUGACCACGACGACUGGCUUCACACCCCGCUCAUUUCUCCAGAUGUCAACAUUGACCUCACGACCGAGCAGAUUGAGGAGACGCUGAAGUACUUCAUUUUAUGUGCUGAACGAGUUGGCCAGAUGACUAAAACAUAUAAUGACAUAGAUGCUGUAACUCGGCUUCUUGAGGAGAAAGAGCGGGAUCUAGAGUUGGCUGCUCGGAUUGGCCAGUCGUUGCUGAAGAAGAACAAGACUCUAACCGAGAGGAACGAGCUGCUGGAGGAGCAGGUGGAGCAUAUCAGGGAGGAGGUGUCACAGCUCCGGCAUGAACUGUCCAUGAAGGAUGAGUUGCUUCAGUUCUACACCAGCGCCGCGGAGGAGAGUGAGCCGGAAUCUGUGUGCUCCACCCCGUUGAAGAGGAACGAGUCGUCCUCCUCCGUCCAGAAUUACUUCCAUCUGGAUUCUCUGCAGAAGAAGCUGAAGGACCUUGAAGAGGAGAACGUUGUACUUCGAUCCGAGGCCUGCCAGCUAAAGACGGAGACCAUCACCUAUGAAGAAAAAGAGCAGCAGCUGGUCAACGACUGUGUGAAGGAGCUGAGGGACGCCAACGUGCAGAUUGCCAGCAUCUCUGAGGAACUGGCCAAGAAGACAGAGGAUGCUGCUCGCCAGCAGGAAGAGAUCACACACCUCCUCUCCCAAAUAGUUGAUUUGCAGAAGAAGGCGAAAGCUUGUGCAGUGGAAAAUGAAGAACUCGUCCAGCACCUGGGGGCUGCCAAGGAUGCUCAGCGGCAGCUCACGGCCGAGCUGCGCGAGCUGGAGGACAAGUAUGCGGAGUGCAUGGAGAUGCUCCACGAGGCGCAGGAGGAGCUCAAGAACCUCCGGAACAAGACCAUGCCCAACACCACGUCCCGGCGCUACCACUCGCUGGGCCUGUUUCCCAUGGACUCCUUGGCGGCAGAGAUCGAGGGAACCAUGCGCAAGGAACUGCAGCUGGAAGAGUCGGAGUCGCCAGACAUUGCUCACCAGAAACGCGUCUUUGAGACGGUGAGGAACAUCAACCAGGUCGUCAAGCAGAGGUCUCUGACCCCGUCCCCCAUGAACAUCCCUGGCUCCAACCAGUCUUCCGCCAUGAACUCCCUCCUGUCCAGCUGCGUCAGCACCCCCCGGUCCAGCUUCUACGGCAGCGACGUUGGCAACGUGGUCUUAGACAACAAGACCAACAGCAUCAUCCUGGAAGCAGAGUCAGCCGAGCUGGGAAACGAGGAGCGGAGUAAGAAGCCUGGCACGCCGGGCACCCCGGGCUCCCACGACCUGGAGACGGCGCUGCGGCGGCUGUCCCUCCGCCGGGAGAACUACCUCUCGGAGAGGAGGUUCUUCGAGGAGGAGCAGGAGCGGAAGCUCAGGGAGCUGGCGGAGAAGGGCGAGCUGCUCAGCGGCUCCCUGACGCCCACCGAGAGCAUCAUGUCCCUGGGCACGCACUCGCGCUUCUCCGAGCUCACCGGCUUCUCCGGCAUGUCUUUCAGCAGCCGCUCCUACCUGCCCGAGAAGCUUCAGAUCGUCAAGCCGCUGGAAGGUUCUGCCACCCUUCACCACUGGCAGCAGUUGGCCCAGCCUCACCUCGGGGGCAUUCUGGACCCCCGGCCUGGUGUGGUCACCAAGGGCUUCAGGACGCUGGAUGUUGACCUGGACGAAGUGUACUGCCUUAACGACUUUGAAGAAGACGACACAGGUGACCACAUUUCCCUCCCGGGCCUAGCUACCUCCACGCCAGUUCAGCACCCAGAGACCUCAGGUGAGAGGUCCCGAGCACGUGUGACUGUCUCAGGCAGCAGAAGUUACCCAAGCCGGCCUCAGGCUUUCCCCGAGGAGAUGCAGGAGCCGCCAGCGGCCGAGGAGGAGGAGGAGGAGGGGUCUGCCCACCACCCUGGGAAGUGCAUGUCACAGACCAACUCCACCUUCACCUUCACCACCUGUCGCAUCCUGCAUCCUUCAGACGAGCUCACGCGGGUCACACCAAGCCUUAACUCGGCCCCGACUCCGGCUUGUGGCAGUGCCAGCCACUUGAAAUCCACACCAGUGGCCACACCAUGCACUCCCCGGAGGCUGAGCCUGGCCGAGUCCUUCACUAACGUCCGUGAGUCCACGACCACCAUGAGCACGUCCCUGGGGCUGGUGUGGCUGCUGAAGGAGCGGGGCAUUUCUGCGGCUGUGUAUGACCCCCAGAGCUGGGACAGGGCCGGUCGGGGCACACUUCUGCACUCCUAUACUCCCAGGAUGGCCGUGAUCCCCUCCACACCACCCAACUCACCUAUGCAGACGCCCACAUCUUCUCCACCUUCCUUCGAGUUCAAGUGCACAAGCCCUCCCUACGACAACUUCCUGGCUUCCAAGCCAGCCAGCUCCAUCCUGAGGGAGGUGAGGGAGAAGAAGGCGGUCCGGAGCAGUGAAAGCCAGACCGAUGUGUCUGUCUCCAACCUCAACCUCGUGGACAAAGUCAGGAGGUUUGGCGUGGCCAAAGUGGUGAACUCAGGGCGAGCCCACGUCCCCGCCUUGACUGAGGACCAGGGACCUCUUCUCUGUGGGCCCCCAGGCCCUGCACAGGCCCUCGUCCCCAGAGGCCUGGUACCCGAAGGCCUGCCCCUCGGAUGCCCCACCGUCACGAGUGCCAUCGGUGGGCUCCAGCUCAACAGUGGCAUCCGACGAAACCGCAGCUUCCCCACCAUGGUUGGAUCCAGCAUGCAGAUGAAAGCCCCUGUGACACUCACCUCAGGCAUCUUGAUGGGUGCUAAGCUCCCCAAACAAACUAGCUUACGGUGA